AUGGUAUCCCCAGCUAUGCGCCCUAUGCGGCUAUGCGUGCACGGUGUCCGCGUCCAGCAAUGGCUACGCGUGGCUGUUCGGCAGUCAAGAAAGGGAAGUUCUGCUGCGCGCUGCGCAGCUUGGCCUUUACGCAGCUUUUCAGUCUUGACGCCCAUCAAUGAUGCCAAGUUCAAGGCGCUGUGUGAUACACCUGCUAGACCGUUUCUGGUGCAUUGUGGUGCAUCAUGGAGCCAAAGAAGCAAACGGGUCGCUGAUGCAUUGGCUGAAUGGGACUCGGGGGAGCUUCCGAUCUAUUCGCUGGAUCUUAGCACUGCACCAGAAGCCAUUGAGAAACGUCACAUCAAGGGCAUCCCAACCUUGUUGCUGAUGCGAGAGAAGCGCGUGGAAGCAAGAGCAGAUGGAGCUGACUUGCAGGACUUGGCGCGUCUGAAGGAAGCGGCCAGGGCAUAUGUCAAGCUCUCCAAGCUCUCGAGCCCUGAGGAUGCUGCAGAUGCCUUGAAGAGAGCUGAAGUGAUGUGGGAUGCGAAGAAUGUUUCAGCAGCGCAGCAACUCUAUCGACGAGCACUGGAAGGCGACCUGGCGAAGGGGAACGCCUUCCGCGCACGCCUGGGCCUGGUGAAGUGUGCCGUCCAGGUGCUGGAGAAAGCCUCAGCUUCAGCUGCGCCAUCUGUGAUGGUUGAGGAGCUUCAAAGUGCAUUGGAUGAGCUGAGGAAACAUCAUGAGGAGGAAUUGCUGGGUGGUGGGGAACAAGUCCGAGUGGAUGGACAACAACAGACGAUUCUGCUUGCACAUGCAGAGUUGCUGGUGGACGCCGCUGAUGAAGACCGGAGCGUGGAGGAAAAGAACAUCUUGAAACUUUGGGCCUGCGGAGAGCGGAAGAAGGCUUUGGAAGAGGCAUUGAAGUGGUACAGGACCGUGGCUGGCAACGACAUCCCCGGCCUUGUGGCUGCCUACUGCCUCCCCGAACGCCGCAUGCUGGACCGGCCGCAGAGCAUCCCUUUGAGGAGCAUCUAUGCGCAAAUGCCGGAGUUGGCGACAGAUUCUGAGUCGCUGGGCCCUGGGGCUCCCCGUGCCCUGCUGCGGCGCAUGUUGCUGGCCGCCAUGGACAAAGACUUCUUGGAGGCGCAGGGUCCAAGCUUAUUAUCCAAGUCCCUGGCAGAUUUGGCCUUCCUCUUGGAUCGGAAGGAGUUCAUUCCCUUCCACACGCGCAAGACGCGCUGCCGCCGGGGCGGUGCGCCGCACACGGGAAGGGGUACCGGGAAGCGCAGCGGAUUCUCCAAGCGCUACUGGAUUUGUUGGCCCAACACAUCGUACCCCAACACCAAGUUGAAUCCCGCUGACCUAAUCCUUGCGCUCGUGCCGCGCUUAAAGCUGCGCUGCGCCAGCUGCGGAAGCUGCGCCACGGCAAAUGAGUGGCGAUUGGAGCGGCUGUUGCGCCGAAGAACCUGGUUCUCGUCCCUGCGGGCCCUGCGGCUCCUGCGUCAAGACCUUCGCGGCCGGAAGGUCUCCCUGUCUGCGGGGGAGAAGGUCCAGGUCUUUACAUUUUGGCAUCAAGACGUCUUGCAACGGCCUCGCUGGACUUGGGCAUUGGAACUUUUGGGAGAUGACGUGAAGAGUCUGAAUCAGGCUCUGUCCGUCUUGGCCCGUGCAGCUCAGUGGGAGAACGCCUUGCAGACGCUGUAUGGCUCCAAUGAGGUGGACAUCGUGAGUUUCAACAGCGUGGCCCUGGCCUUGGCCACUGCGGCGCAGUGGCACCGCGCGGUGGCGUUGAUGCAAAACUGCUGGCCCAACGCCACGGCUAUUACCUUCAACACUGUGGCGCUGGCCUGCAAGGACGCCUCGGAGUGGAAAACAGCCCUGUCGUUGCUUAGCACUGCCCAGCACCGUCGCUUGAGCGAUGCGCGCAGCCAGAGCACUCUUCUGUCGGCCUUGGGCAAAGUGGCCAGGUGGGAACAUGCGCUAAGUUUGUUGAGCACAUCCAGCGAUGAUGUGGCGCUAGCUGCCGCCAUCAGUGCAUGUGAGAAGGGAUGGCAGUGGAGGCCCGCCCUCCACUUGCUUGGCUCCCUGCGUGCAGAGAAUGUCGCUGCACAGAAUAGCGCCCUCUCAGCUUGUGAGAAGGCCCAGCAGUGGCAGUUGGCGCUUGAGCUGCUGUCGCAGCAUUCGCGUCCCAACGUCGUCACGUUCAACGCGGCCCUGAGCGCGGCCGCAGCCACGGCAGAGGGCUGGAGCCGAGGGCUACAGCUGCUCCGCCAGAUGCUUAAGAUGCGACUGUCGCCAGACUUGGUCACUUACACAGCCCUGGUGUCCAGUGCCACCAGUGCCAGCAUGUCCACCAUUGCUUUGCAAGUGCUGGAAGAUAUGAGAUCGAACUUGGUGCAACCCCAAUGCCUGGCAGUCACUGCUGCAUUGCAUGCCUGCGAACGCACUUCGGCCUGGCGCCAUGCCCUCGCCACCUACGCCACCUAUGCCGAUGCCGUGGGGGUGGAUGCAACGGGGCGGCAGGCCUUGCUGGGCGCGCUGCUCGGGGCGGGCAGCUUCAGGACUUUCGGGCAGCUUUUGCCAUCCACCCACAAGCGCUGCCUUCACUGGCUGAUUGAGGGCUGCUUCAACGACUUUGUGCCUACGAACAGUAGCCCUGCCGGCAGUAUCCGCCCGGAUCCUGCUGCUUUGGAUAGCAAUGCCUUCAGGCUUGCUGCGUCGCUCACCCCCUCAGUGUCUUCUGAACGCUGUGCUGCGUCACUUUGGCGAAGACGCACGACCACUCGACGGUUGAUGAGAGCCUUAGAACUUGGAGCCCUCGAUGCGGCGGAACUGCGCCGUGCGGCCUUUGGCUUGGGAAAAUCGGGAUGCUGCGUGGCCUUGGAGGAGCUGUACCUGGCACCGACGACUGUCUUACCGAUGGUUCCUACGCUUCGGAUCGAAGCAAACACGGAUUGGCGGAGCAGCGCGCGUGCACAAGACUUGGUGACUGUGCUGGACUUGACCCUGAGGUCAAGGGGCUUCCGCCUUUCCAGUAUGCUGCUGGACCAAGAGUCUCCAGGAGAACCUGACGUGAGGAUCUCAGAUCCCAGCGUGACAGCUGUAGACCUCCAAAUGCGUGAUGGAAAAAUGUCAGGUUUCAAGUUCUUCGGAACAUCGCUGAUGAGGCCUUCCAAUUCGUUGCCAUCCUUUCUUCUCACGUGGCAGAUGCCGGCAAUUGUGAAGCAAAUGGCCGAGAAGACCCAGGUCUUGGUGACACGCGUGGACCACGAGCAUGCGGAGCGCUUAGCCCGGGAGGCUCACGUGGAAGAAGCCUUGAGCACCUUGAGUCGUAAGGUUCCAGCGGCAAAACGGCGGAAAAACGUGGAAGAUGCAUUGUCUGCGGCAGGACGAGGUUUUGUCGUGGACGACCGGGACGACCGGGACGCAACCAGGAAGUUGGGAGAAUGCCCGGGCUUCCGCCCGGGCCCAUUGGAAUAUCCAUUCUUCAACCAGCAAAAUGGAGGGAUCAAGAAACACAGAGGCAGUGUCAGUGACAUCCACCCAGAUGGUGCAAGGGCUCAUCAACAGCUGUCCACCAUGUGGGUCAUCAAGGUCCAUGAUGUGAUGCGAAUGCGGGGUAGCCCUCCAUGUCACGAAGAUCUCCAAGCGGCCGGGAAAUUAGUUCCUCACCAUCCGUCCUUUCUGACGAUUUUUGUGUCGCACCAAUGGCUUGCCAUCGAUCACCCAGAUGAAUCAGGAGAACAGCUGGCCGUGUUGCAGGAUGCCUUAGCAAACAUCAUCGAGGGAGUUACCAAAGUGGAAUUGGAUUUGCAAGCGCAGUUCAUUGGCCAGCACAAAACGCUCAGCGACCAAGAGCGGGAGGAAAUCAAGGAAGGCUACAUCUGGAUGGAUUGGUUUUCCGUGCCACAGGAAAGGAACUCGAAAGGAGCCACUCCAUCAGCAAUGGGCGCCAGUCCAUCGGCCAUUUUCAGUCCAAUGAAUUUCCUUUCCGAACGAUCAGGCACAGAAUCCUGGACCUCCUUGGACGAGGCCAACAAAUGCAUACAGAGCAUCCCGGCAUAUGUGGAGGCCUGUCAGAUCUUUGUGGCCCUGGUUCCGAACCUCACGCAUUCCAGUGGCAGCCAGGUGAACUACAGCAGCUGGCUCCAAAGGGGUUGGUGUCGUGCGGAGAUGUGGUGCAAGCUGUUGUCGGAGCGAAGCAAGGUGCCCAUUGUGGUGGUCACUGCCAGCGAUCGCGCAGAGUUUGACCAUCCUAUGAUGUGGAUGCGUUCGCCUGUGCAUCAGGGCGAUUUCGGCCUAGAGUCGGAUCGGAGAAAGGUCAGCCGCUUUAUUCAAAGAGCCCUGAGCCUGAAGCUUCAACGCUUGAGGGAAAGCAAACGCAAAAAGGACCUGAACCUGUACCGCUUUUUUCUAGCCCGAGCCGAUGAGAUCUGCGGGAAAGCCAUUUGCAACGACACCAUGGAGGAGUUCUGGCGAAAGUACAUGUUCUCCUCGCCUAACGAUGCGAUACAGUUUCAGGUGGGCAUGACCGGCCUGGCCUGCGCGACGCUGUCGGGUCAAACGGAGAUGAUGCAGGAGUUGCUGGAGAAAGGGGCCUCCACAAAGCUCAAGCUGCCUCCCUUGCUUGACGUGGACAUUUUCCCAGGUUUUUGCCUGUUGCAUUUGGCUGCACAAGGUGGAGAACGCUGUGAGCAGGCCUUGGAAGCAUUGUUGAAGACUCGUUGCGAUCCCAAUGGCAUGUCUGCCCAGGGCGCCCCACCUUUAGGGCAGUGUCUUACAGGACGAGCAGUAGAUUUGCUCGUGCAGUACCGCGCCGAUGUGAACCGUGCAGGAAGCAUGGUGGCAGCAUCUCCACUGGAUGCUUGUUGCUAUCGUCAAGUGGCCCCCAGCGUCAUCCAACGCCUUAUCGAGCACGGCGCCUAUGUAAGCAACGAGCAAGGGCGUUGCAUUUCACCUUUGUGUAUGCUGGUUUUUCAUGCGCAUGGCAAUCCGCUUUGGAGGGAGACUGCUGACCUGCUGAUAGAUGCGGAGGCGGAUCCCAACAACAAAAUGAUCAUGACCGGAGCGCUGCACAUGGCGCAAGUUCUCUCGCGCUGUUGGAUGGCCAGCCGCUGGAUGGCCACCUCUAAGGAGCCUCCCAUGCUUUUCAAAAUCAUUUGCAACGGCGACACCACGCCAUUGGGUUUGGCUGCCAUCCUGGGCUCGGAAACAAUGGUGGAGUACCUUCUCACCAAAGGAGCAAAGACCUUGCUUUGCUGUGAAGGGACUGAGAGAACUGAGAGCGGUGGGAGGGGAAGCUGUUGUGAACAACAAUUCAGACCUGGAAUUUAUCCCCUGAUAGGCCCUGAAUGGCCCUGA